AUGAUUGUUCUUUAUAAUAUUGCUUGUAAUUUUUUUCCAUUUAUUAUUGUUNCAAACUUCAUUUGGCAUUUGAAAUUUGUAUUUACAGGGGGUUUUGACACUGCACAUACUGCUGCUAGGGCAUAUGACCGUGCUGCAAUUAAAUUCCGAGGACUUGAUGCAGAUAUCAACUUUAACAUCAGUGAUUACGGAGAUGAUCUGAAGCAGAUGAAUAACUUUAGCAAUGAAGAGUUUGUGCACAUACUUCGUUGUCAGAGCAAUGGCUUCUCUAGAGGAAGUUCAAAAUACAGGGGAGUCACUCUGCAUAAAUGUGGGCAAUGGGAAGCACGGAUGGGGCAGCUUCUUGGAAAGAAGUAUAUCUAUCUUGGACUAUUUGACUGUGAGAUAGAAGCUGCAAGGGCAUAUGAUAAGGCUGCUAUAAAAAGCAGCGGGAAGGAGGCAGUCACCAAUUUUGAGCUAAGCACAUACGAAGGUGUAUUAACUUCUGAGGCUCAUAUCAGAGGAACAACUCGUAAUCUUGAUCUGAAUUUGGGCAUAUCUCCCUCUUCCUAUGCUGACAAUCAACAUGGAAAUACUAGCCAAAUUGGAAACUUCCAGGGCCAGCAUGGCUCAAAUGGUUUACCUGAACAUCGUAGACAAGACCAAAAUACUAAUGGUGGGAGUCCUACAGUGCCACUCUUCUCUACCGCAGCAUCAUCAGGAUUCGAAAAUUCAGCAAUCACUGCACCCUCAGCUGCCAUUCAUCAACUGCACUUUGGAAGUGGAGCUUUACCUUACCACCACUAACAAUCCCUGACCAGCAUGAAUCUUUCACAUAAUUAUUGCACGAGCUGAAAUUAGCUGGCCGGUAAAUGCAGAACAAGUAAACAACCACCCAAUAUCUUUUCUUCCUUUGCUGAAGAUGAUACCAGUAAGGCAACACGUUGGUCUACAACUAAUUGAGUUUAGUUUUGUUAGUUAGGAUAUGAGGUACUGAGUUUCUAAACAAGGCUAUGAAUCUUAUAACAUGAACUAUGUGAUUGCAAGCUGCUUAUUGGGCAAUUUUCUUCUACACUGCGUAUUACCGGUGCCUUGACAAUUGGGAUUGUUAAGAUGAGAAUGUUUCUAUAUGGUUUUCAUUUUCAAA